UGUGAGCGGCGAGGCGCUGCCGGGCACCAUGCAGAAGAGCGUGCGGUAUAACGAGGGGCACGCCCUGUACCUGGCGCUGCUGGCCCGCAAGGAGGGCACCAAGCGCGGCUACCUGAGCAAGAGGACGGCCGAGGCCAACCGCUGGCACGAGAAGUGGUUCGCCCUUUACCAGAACGUCCUCUUCUACUUCGAGAGCGAGCAGAGCGCCCGGCCCGCCGGCAUCUACAUGCUGGAGGGCUGCAGCUGCGAGCGGACACCAGCACCCAAGGGCGCGGCCGCCGGCAGCGCGAAGGACGCGGCGCUGGACAAGCAGUAUUACUUUACUGUUCUAUUUGGCCAUGAAGGGCAGAAGCCACUGGAGCUCCGUUGUGAGGAUGAAGGUGAUGGAGAUGAAUGGGUGGAAGCUAUUCACCAGGCUAGUUAUUCAGAUAUUCUGAUUGAAAGGGAAGUACUGAUGCAGAAGUACAUUCAUCUUGUCCAAAUUGUAGAGACUGAAAAGAUUGCAGCCAAUCAGCUUCGACAUCAACUUGAAGAUCAAGACACAGAAAUUGAAAGACUUAAAUCAGAAGUAUGUGAGAAAAUUAUAGCUCUAAAUAAAACAAAAGAAAGAAUGCGACCUUAUCAAGGCAACCAGGAAGAUGAGGAUCCAGAUAUUAAAAAAAUUAAAAAGGUUCAGAGCUUUAUGAGAGGCUGGUUAUGUAGAAGAAAAUGGAAGACUAUUGUCCAAGAUUAUAUUUGUUCUCCCCAUGCAGAAAGUAUGAGAAAAAGGAAUCAGAUAGUUUUUAACAUGGUUGAGGCUGAAUCUGAAUAUGUGCAUCAACUUUAUGUUCUUGUGAACUGUUUUCUGAGGCCCUUAAGAAUGGCUGCAAGUUCAAAGAAGCCACCUAUCAGUCAUGAUGAUGUUAGUAGCAUUUUCCUUAAUAGUGAAACAAUCAUGUUUCUUCAUGAAAUAUUUCAUCAAGGUUUAAAAGCAAGGAUUGCUAAUUGGCCUACCUUAAUUCUAGCUGACUUAUUUGACAUUCUGCUGCCAAUGCUGAACAUAUAUCAAGAAUUUGUUCGGAAUCAUCAGUAUAGUCUACAAGUACUGGCAAAUUGUAAGCAAAACAGAGAUUUUGACAAACUCUUGAAGCAAUAUGAAGCCAACCCAGCAUGUGAGGGGCGAAUGCUGGAAACUUUCCUUACUUACCCCAUGUUUCAGAUUCCUAGAUACAUAAUAACGCUUCAUGAGCUCCUGGCUCACACACCACAUGAACAUGUUGAACGAAAAAGCCUUGAAUUUGCAAAAUCCAAACUAGAAGAACUUUCAAGGGUAAUGCAUGAUGAAGUGAGUGACACAGAAAACAUCCGGAAGAAUCUGGCCAUAGAAAGAACAAUAGUAGAAGGCUGUGAUAUAUUGCUAGAUACUAGUCAAACUUUUAUACGCCAAGGUUCUCUUAUUCAAGUCCCUUCAGUUGAAAGGGGAAAACUUAGCAAAGUUCGUCUGGGAUCAUUAUCCUUGAAAAAGGAAGGAGAAAGGCAGUGCUUCUUAUUUACAAAGCAUUUUUUAAUUUGUACAAGAAGUUCAGGAGGAAAACUGCAUCUCCUUAAGACAGGAGGCGUUCUGUCGUUAAUAGAGUGCACAUUGAUUGAGGAGACAGAUGCAACUGAUGAUGACUCAAAAAGCUCUGGACAGGUGUUUGGACACCUCGAUUUCAAGCUUGUCGUUGAACCUACAGAUGCUCCUCCUUUUACUAUUGUCCUCUUAGCCCCUUCACGUCAAGAGAAAGCUGCAUGGACAAGUGAUAUAAGUCAGUGCAUUGAUAACAUAAGGUGCAAUGGUUUAAUGACCAUAGUGUUUGAAGAAAAUUCUAAAGUCACUGUGCCGCAUAUGAUAAAGUCUGAUGCACGUCUUCAUAGAGAUGACAUUGAUAUCUGCUUCAGCAAAACUCUAAAUUCCUGCAAAGUACCUCAGAUCCGUUAUGCAAGUGUUGAACGCCUUUUGGAGAGGCUCACAGACUUGCGAUUUCUGAGUAUUGAUUUCCUGAAUACGUUCCUACACACUUACCGCAUAUUCACUACUGCAGCUGUUGUACUGGAAAAACUUUCAGACAUUUACAGACGGCCUUUCACUUCCAUUCCAGUUAGGGCUUUGGAGUUAUUUUUUGCUACCAGUCAAAACAACAGAGGAGAUUACCUAGCUGAUGCGAAGUCACCGCAUCUCUGUCGCAAAUUUUCAUCUCCCCCUCCACUGUCCCUUUCCAGAACAUCCUCACCUGUCAGAACUCGAAAAUUGUCAUUGACUUCACCACUGAAUUCAAGAAUUGGUGCCCUUGAUCUUUCUGCUUCAUCUGUGGCAUGCAGUCCUACCUCAACCUAUAGUCCAGCCACUUCUCCUCCACCAACAGGUAGCAAAGUACCUCUCGACCUUAGCAAAGGGCCCUCCUCUCCUGAGCAAAGCCCUGGCUCCAUAGAGGACAGCUUGGAGAAUCCUCGCAUUGACCUCUGUAACAAGCUGAGGAGAAGCAUUCGAAGAGCAGCAGUUCUAGAAUCAGUGUCAGUGGACAGAACUAUUCCUGAAAGCACCUCAGCGGUGGAUACCACAGAACUUUCCCCAUGUAGAUCCCCUUCAACACCACGUCAUCUCCGCUAUCGUCAACCAGGAGUACAAACUGCUGACAACAGUCACUGUGCUGUUUCUCCUGCAUCUGCUUUUGCUAUUGCUACAGCUGCAGCAGGACAUGGGAGUCCACCAGGUUUUAGCAAUUCUGAACGCAUGUGUGACAAAGAGUUCAUAAUACGCAGAGCAGCCACUAAUCGUGUCCUGAAUGUCUUACGUCACUGGGUCUCCAAGCACUCUCAGGAUUUUGAACUAAAUAAUGAGUUGAAAAUGAAUGUGUUAAAUUUGCUGGAAGAAGUUUUGAGAGACCCUGAUCUUCUACCACAAGAAAGGAAAGCUACUGCAAAUAUCCUGAGGGCUCUUUCUCAGGAUGAUCAAGAUGAUACCCAUUUAAAAAUAGAGGAUAUCAUUCAGAUGUCAGAGUGUCCAAAACCAGAGUGCUUUGAGACUUUGUCAGCCAUGGAACUUGCAGAGCAAAUAACUCUUUUAGACCACAUAGUUUUCAGAAGCAUACCCUACGAAGAGUUUCUUGGGCAGGGCUGGAUGAAACUGGAUAAAAAUGAGAGAACACCCUAUAUUAUGAAAACUAGCCAACAUUUUAAUGAUAUGAGUAACCUUGUUGCUUCCCAGAUAAUGAAUUAUGCCGAUGUCAGCUCCCGGGCUAACUCAAUUGAAAAGUGGGUAGCAGUAGCUGAUAUUUGUCGAUGUAUGCACAAUUAUAAUGGUGUGUUAGAAAUCACAUCAGCCUUGAACAGAAGUGCGAUCUACAGACUGAAGAAAACUUGGGCUAAAGUUUCCAAACAGGCAAAAGCACUCAUGGACAAGCUUCAGAAGACUGUGUCAUCUGAAGGAAGAUUUAAAAAUCUUAGAGAAACACUCAAAAAUUGUAACCCACCUGCUGUUCCAUACCUUGGAAUGUACUUGACAGAUCUAGCAUUUAUUGAGGAAGGAACACCAAAUUUCACUGAGGAAGGCCUUGUUAAUUUUUCCAAAAUGAGAAUGAUCUCACACAUUAUCAGGGAAAUACGCCAAUUCCAGCAGACCUCCUACCGCAUAGAACAUCAGCAGAAGGUCACUCACUACUUACUUGACAAGACACUCAUCAUAGAUGAAGAUACUUUGUAUGAGCUUUCCCUAAAGCUUGAACCCAGACUCCCUGCCUGAAGAUCCAGCUUUGUCUCAGAGUCUACAGAAUGCUUUAAUACAAUGAACAAAAUUAUGCAUGCCCAGUCCUAAAGACAGCAAGGGAAAUACUGAGAAGAAUGCAAGCUCUCUUUUCCAGUAAGAGAUACUGAACCUCACAGCAUUUCCCUCUCAGGCAACAAAAAUUUGCUGUUGGACAUGGAAGACAGAGAUGCUUUCAUCUCUGCAUUAAGUGAUUGCUAUUUUGCAAAGACAGUGUUUCACAGUAAGAUGUGUGCAUUUAGUGGAAAAUAAGAGGCUUUGCUGUGAAAGAUAACUCAUUCUAGCUAUCUUAAUGUUGACAAAUUUAAACAGUGGUAAUAUACCCAGUUACAUAAGGCAGAUGAGCAAAAUGAGAUGGCUCUGAUGUGGUCUGUGUUGAUGGCUGACAGUGCAGUCACUGAGGAAGUAAUGGUACUGGUGUCCUCCUGUGACUUUAAAUUAAUUGAAAAAAAAAUGGGAACUUAAUCAUCUCCUAGCCUGGAGUGACUCUAAGGUAGCAUCUAGUAUCUCUCUCCCUAUCCACAGUUGUUCUAAAUGUUUGUUUAAUGAUAUCCUUUAUAGAAUGUUACCUUUGUUUCCUAUAAAUGUCUUAUCAGCCUUUUCUAAGGUAACUGAUUUUACAUAUAAAUAAAUUGUAAAUAUUUUUUCAUUAAUAUUCUAUGAGAAUAUUUUCAGCAUGGAAAGUAAAUAAACUAGCUGAAUAGUUGUACACAGUUGCCAACCUUGCAGGCUUCAUCUGGGAAGUACAAGGUUAGGAGCUAUACCUGAGACUCGAGAGAUCUGGGCCUGCAGUGAACGGGGAUGGUUAGUCGUGUUGCAAUGCAGUCCUGAAAAGGCACUUUAUUUUUUCUGCACCUUCUGCAAUUUCUGCGGCAAGUCAGGCAACAGAGCACUUUCUGGACACACUGUGGAGAGAAGAAUAUACAUGGCCUGUCAAUAAGUAGUGACUAUUAGAAGUUGGAAUGGCUGUUUUGCUUGGACAUGUCUGGUUUUUGUUCAGUAACCGAGUGCUGACUCUGCUCUAAAAUCAUUCAUAUCAGCAGCAAACUUGGAAUGGAGCAAACACGUACUACACAUUUUUAUUUGAAGUAGUGAUUGUCAUUUGUGUAGGGGCACGUUUCAAGGAAAUGUAACAGAUGGUAACUGUUUUUAAAGCCUAUGCUUUUGUGAUAUGUACCAGGUAGACAGAUUUCAUUUCUACAGAUAGUUGCUACUUCCUAAAAUUUUCUGAUCAUAAGUGGCCUGUUGUAGCUGCAUGGCAAGUGAGCUCAAAUGCAUGCUGUAAAGUACAUCAAAAUACAAAGUGCUGGUAUUAGCACUGUUGAAUAACUUGGCUGGAAAAGUGUCCUUUUCCAAUGAUGUUCAGCCAGUUGAAGAAAUAGGGCUAUAUCACUGUAUACCUCCCUUAAAUCCUCUCAGGGAGAUAAAUGUUCAAAAUGGAUUGUGACCUAGGCCUAUUUGAUCUGACAGUUCUCACUACAGUCAUGAUGCUUCUGAAUGAUUGCAAUGAAAAAUGGAUCUGCCUGGCUUGUGUGCUUUGUCUUUAAUUGCACUUUAAUUAUAUUGUUGGUCCAGCCGAGAACCGCACAGUAAAGUCAUUCAUUCUACACAAGUGUAAAUGCAAGCAUUUAUAAAUGUACCUUAGCAACUGUAAAAUUAGUAAAGGGUCUUCAUCUCAAGGACCACCUCUUUGUAAAUAACUGCAUGUAAUACUGGGAAGUUCCUCAGUUAGAAAAGCAGACAGCGACAAAAAAGGAAAUUCCAGAAACAUCUGAAGUAUUUCUCAUGAUUGCUGUAGAAAUGAACGUGGAAGAUACUACUUAUAGAAGCUUUUAAUUAUCAAAACUGUGCUUAUUCUUUUCAUUAAUUGCUGACAAAAAAGCUGGUCACAUCCCAGUGCAUGGUAGAAUGAAAAGCAUGUUUUGUUUGGAGCACAAAACCAGCUUUUUGUUUAUUCUCUGUACAAAAACAGAUACUGUCUGUUAUUUUUGUUAAAGAUUUCAAGGUCAAAAAGAAAUGGGGGGAAAGUGGUCAAAAAAAUAUGAUUUCUUAAUUUGGUUUUGUUGUUUCUCUGUUAACACGGAAAAUAUGUAACAGCUGUCAGUGUGGCUUGGCAUCUCUGUUGUUUGCUGUGAACUGCUGCUUUAUCUUCCUGUAUCCUUCUAUACCAAAUUUCCUUGAUGUUUUUAGGGUUACAGGGUAUAGUUCUUUGUCUUAUUUUGUUCAGUUUGUUGUUCUGUACUUUUGGUACAUGUAUUGGUUCUUCAGACUUUGAGAACACUGAAUAUGUUUUAAUGCUUGCUGUACACAGGGGUGGUGCUGUGCUAGUGCUCCAGUGUUACACAUGGACAUAGGCUAGGAAGAUGAAGGAUUAAAGAUGUUUAUUUUGAUGGUGCUAAGCAUCUGGUAUCUUUAAGUCAAGUCAACCACAGUGUGGUUGUUCAGCCCCUCUGGAAAGGGAUGUACUACUUACAUGCCAAAAUUUACCCCUUGGUCAGUGGCAGGAUUUAGACUGGCAUCACUGGAGUAACUUGGUAAAUAUUAUGGUCAGAGCAGUGUUUGAUUCAAUGAUAAACAAUUUAACAAUGGUUUUGGAUGUGGAUUCAAUGUGUUCAUUAAAACAGAGGAGGUGGCUGCUCAAAGAAUUGAUCAAAUAUUUUGACAAUCUUAAUCCUAGCCAGUAUUUGCAAUCCCAAAUCUGAGUUGGAAAAAGCUGUUGUGAAGAAGUCCUAUGCAGUAAGUGCAGAGUGAUGCAUUUUGCCCCUCACUCAGGUAGUAUAUGCAUUUCAAAUGUAAGCAGCCUGAGUGCCUCUGCUACAGUACUGCUGCAGCGCUUGAGCUAUGGCUGUAGUUAGUAGGCAACCUGCUUUAUGUGAAGCUUUGCUCAGUACACCCACCCAACCAGCUAGUGCAGUGAUCUGUCCCUCUGUACUGCACAGGGCUUGUGCAGUUCCUUACUACCAGUUUCUCUCUGCCACUCCACCACAGACUUAUAAUGUAGUGUAUUGAGAUGCAAAUCCUAUUCAUCAGAUACCCCGUUUGCCACUGGUGUUUCAGGGAGGAUGUUUCCAAGUGAGGAUUUUGGCAUUCGGACCUUGCUGUCUUUUAGGAUCUUGUCCAUUGUACUUUUAUGCCGUGGAAGCAGUGCGGACUUACUCAUUUUUGCAAAUGGAGCUGAAAAAGCCCAUAUGAUUUAGAAUUUGUGAGAAAGAGAAGGGCUGAAGUACCUCUCUACUUGCCUUUGUUAGCUCCUCAGCGCUGCUGCACCCGUGAGACGCAACAGCAGUUCAUUGCGGGGGGGUUGCUCUCUUCAUUGCUCUCUGGACAAAAAUGCCUCAGGGUGUAUGGGCUGGCUAGCUGCAAAGGGGAUAGCAUAUUUCACCCACUUUUCUCAGUGGGCACAUCUGCCAGCAAAGUCCAGGAGAGUUCUGCAGUAACUUUUACUGUACAAGUAGCAUCCCAGAGUCAGCCUGCAGUCAGCUGGGAACGUGGGCAGGAGCACGGGCACUGCCCCUGUGUGUGACAGACAUGUCUCACAACGGUAGGGGCCUAGAAAUGCCUUCACCCCAGCCUUCACUCCCUGCCUGCUCCCUCCCCUUCCCCACUCAGCUCUCCAGUGUUGUUCAUGGCACUUCAUACCAGCCAGUGGAUGGAGGCCAUGAUCAGUCAUCAUGUGGAAGCAAAGUGAAUCUGUUGAAUUUACAGUUGCAGUGAUUGUGUCCUGUCCCUUUCUUUCUGCUAGUCCUGUAACAAGCAAACAUGCUGCUUAGGAGCGACAGAUUCAGCCAGGACUGAUAACUGUCUAAAAGCAAGAAAGAAAUCUCUGCCCUCUUUCCACUUUCCUAGUUCUUGCUGCUGGUUGUUAUUCUGUAGGGUAAAAAGAAACUUCUUAUUUAAAAGUAUUUAUUAAAUUUAGUCACGUUGAUUUUGAUUUCGGGACAUGUUCAUUAUCCCCAAUUUUCCUUAAUUACUAUUAUUUAUUUUAAGGGAUUUUUAAAACAUUGUUUUAUUUGUAUGGAAAUUCAGUCUUUAUUCCUUUCACUCUUAGCAACAACAUUAAGCUUAGAUAUAUAAUUUAAAAUUCUCGCUAAUAGAGAUAUUUUUACCCAGUCAUAAUUGCUUUUCAUUAAGGGCAAAAUCCUUCAGACCUCAUUCUGACAUUACGUUAGGCUUCACUGAGAGCUUUUCUUAACUAAGUUUUUGGGGAUCUGGCUCUCAGCUAUUUGCCUGUUAACAGUUUUUGCCUCCAAAGGUCAAAUGUCUCUGUAGUUUGCUUUAUGUCCAAUAUUCUGCUUACUUAUGGUGGUUUUGUGGUACCUUUACUUUUGCAAUUGUCUCUGAAUUUCUGUUCUCUAGGUGAAUAGAUGUAUGUUUAUUUGACAGAUGUACCUAUAUCUAACUGCUUGGUGCACAUCCAGAUGUUUUUGCAUGUAUUGUAACUUAUCUUUUACUGGAGGUUAUUGCUUUGUAUUGUUAGUAAGGCAUAUCAGGCAGGGUGUUGUGCCUGUGUGCUGAUUAAACUUUUUUUUUCCUGA